GCACCUUCACGCACUUCCCCAGAGACAGAGGAAAAAGGCCUACAAUCAUCGACCUUAUAUUUGUAAAAGGCCCAACUCUCGACCACAACCUACGAUGGAGCACUGAACCCUAUGGAGCGGGCUCAGACCACGGGAGAACCUCCGUUCACUUACACUUGGAAAAACCACCAUUCGUACCAAGACGGAUGUGGCGACAAACAGACUGGAAGCUAUUGGAGAACCACAUGUCAAACAUUUCCCUCCCUGCAGAGGCAUGGGAAACUAAGGAACAUACGGAACAAACUGUCGACUUCUUCCUAGAACUGGUCAGGGCAACAAUCAGUAUAGUAACACCACUCUCGAAGGAAGGAGUAAGAGCCAACUCCUAG